CGCAUACUAACAUACUAAGUAGUAUGCCAGAGCAGUAUGUUAGCAAAAUCAGCGCACUAGAUUUACAUCCUUUGUAGAAUGCUAGUAUACGUUUUCAGACGUAGUCUAUAGCUUAGGUUUGUAGCAGCCUUCCAUAUAACGGCGUGUAUUUAUUCAAGAAUAUAGAGGAAUGGGAGGAAGACCGGAGCAAGGAGAACUGAUGUGGUGUUGAGUAGAGGGAAAUUAACGACAAGACGCCGGCUUUUUUUCAUAUACUGUAUUUUAUUUGUAUUUUUUUUUAGCCUUAUUGGGCACUUUUUGCCCUGUUGAGGGACGAAGGAGAAGGAAUACAGUUCUAUUUCCCUUCACUACUGUCAUAUAAUCAGCCUGUUGUUCUUUAUGAUAAGGAUGGUGAAACUAAUGGCUGACCAGUGACCCAAAACAACCAUCUCUAUCACCACCAGCCCCUCCAUCCCAGGGGCAAUGUCUCUGACAACUGUCAUACCUAAUUUCUUCAGUCAAUCCUUAGAGUAUACUCCGGUCUCUGUCCCAACAUUUGUUCCUACUCUUUCCAGCCUUGUGGCGAUCAGUUCAGUGGAGAGCAGGACUGAGCAGAACAAUGCUACGUAUAUAGCAAGCUUCCCCACCGUCACUGUACCAGCCAAUGAGACAGGCCUCAACUCCACACAGCUCCCCAUGUCAUCGGUGGAUGGUGCUGGUAUGAGCAUGGUCCUUAUGCCCUUUGGCAUAAUCAGCAUUGUCGGGUUGGCUGUUGUCGUGAUACUGUACAUAAGGAAAAAGAAAAGACUGGAGAAGCUAAGGCACCAGCUGAUGCCUAUGUAUAACUUUGACCCAGCCGAGGAGCAGGACGACCUGGAACAGGAACUUCUGGACCAUGGCCGAGACGGCAGCCCAGCAGGACCAAAUUCGAAAACUUUAGCAGUGGGUCAGGGUGGUGCUCAAGUGGUGAGUCGACUGGUUUUCACGGACGUUGCUGAUGCCAUAAAUGUAUGACCCCCGCUCCCACCACUUAAAUGAAGAUUUCAGAAAUCUCCAGGGACAUAGAAGGAGAGAACAUACAUUUUCCAGCUUGAAUCGGACGUCGAUUUAUGCAAACGUCUAUAGACUAUAAGGGAAUACUCUUUGGAGAAUGGUUUCAAAGAUUCGUUUGAAUAAGCUGUAAGAAAACAGCAUUUAUGUACAUUUUAUAGAAAAUAUUUAAUUUCAUUUUAUGAUCCCUUUAAUAUGGAUUGUUUCAGACACAACGUAAUCCAUUGUAGUCUCACAUAUAUACAAUAUCUGUUUACAUGUGCAUUUUUCAUAGUGUUCUUUAAAGAACGUUAGUAGUAGCUGCUUUUAAUAUUUAUUCAUGAAUAAUAAUUGCAAGUAUUAUUAGAUAGAGGCUAGAGGAUAGAUUAAAGGCUACAUUUUUUUUGUCUUUUUCUUAAAUUUAAGUUAUCCUGGUUACUGAUCAAUCCAUUUCAGUUCAAUAGACAACAUUGUGUCUAACAAUAACAUUGUAAAGUCCAAUUCUAGAUUAAUGAGGCGAUAGUGGAAAGGACAAUCUUUCUGAGACAACAACCAAGACUGAAUAGUGGGAUUGUAAAUUGUUCAACAAUGCUAUAUAAAAUCACUACAAUGUAUGGUGAAAGGAUGGUAAAUGUAAGCAUAUUGUGAAUAAGGUUCCCAAUGUACAUUACAGGACAAUAUUUAUAGUUACCAGAGUGGUUUAAAUAUUUUUACAUUGUUACUGUAAUCUUUUCAGGAAUCUGUAUGUUGUUUAUUUGGGAAAGUGUUCCUUCACUACCUUUUAAUAUGUAUCAAAGUGUGUUUCUAGUCCACUACAUUUCAGUAAAACAUGCUGUUCCUCACUACUUUGAAGCGAAUAUUUGAAUCACGUCAAAUGGUAAUGUGUCAUGAGACUACAACCGUAAAAAUGACAGUUCUGGCCAGUGUUUGUGUGGAGUAAAGGUUCUUUCGCUGUGUCUCUAACAAUAGAAAACUCUCUCAUUAUAAAGCUUUGAUGUGCAGGAGAAUGGAACAUUGAACUUAAUUUAUAAUUCAAUCAUUGUUGUCGUACUUUUUUUUUAUACUUAAGUCCGUAAAAAAAAACCCCAUACUUUUUCCUUAAUGUAAAUGGAGUACUUUUACUGGAGUAAUACACUAUUUAAAUAAAAGUAUUGGGACAUUUGACUUUUCCAGCAA